AUGCUGCCUCUGUUCAGAAUCACCUCUCCAGGGGAGACGUGCGGCAGGGCUGGUAGCAGCUGUGAGAUCCAGCAGAACGCCUCCUCCUUCUUCUGCCGGGCUCUCUGCUUCGACUUCUGUGCCUCCUGCAUCCCUAUCAACGCGCUGUGCCUGCUUGUGGCUGCUGCUGCUGUUGCGUAUGUGAGAUGGGGAUCCCAGGGAUCGAAGCUACAGCCUCUAUCUGCCACAGCAUCUCGCGUCUUCAGCAGUCGCUCCCGCGGUCCAAGGUUCCCCGUGUCUCUCGUGGCACAAGCAACGGGUGGGUGGAGUGAGGUUAACAGGGUGGAGGAGCAGGGGUGGAGCAGCAGCAGCAGCAGUGGGGGGCAGAGGUACAAGGCAGUGAAUCCUCUCAAUGAGCGUCAGGUGUGGUUCGUUGUGAGGCGCGGCAACGACGAGCUUUCCGCCAAUUUUCAGAAAGAGGUGGCCAAGCUUUGGUCUAUUCGCCAUACCAAUGUUCAGCGACUGCUGGGGCAUUGCUGGGAGAAGCAUGACACUGAUUCACCUGCUGCUCCUGCUGUUGCUGCUCGUGUUAGUGGUGGUGGUGCUAAGGAUCCAGUUAAUGCCAGUGCUGAUGGUGCUAAGAGUACUAGUGCAGAGACUUCCAGUGUUGCCGAUCAUGCGGUGGAGCAAGCAGAGGAGCAGGUGCUAGUGUUUGAGUGGGUGCCAGGAGGCAAUCUGCACAGCCGCCUCGUUGCAGCACCAACACCAGCACCAGCACCAGCAGCAGGGAAGGUCAUACAGCCACCUGCCAACCAUGCAUACAUGGACCCAAUCCUGCAUGCCUCUGCUCGCACCACGCCCUCCACCGAUGUCUUCAGCAUUGGCGUGGUGAUGCUGCAGCUCAUCACUGGUCGCCCAGCCUUGAUACCAAAAGAAGCCAGCAACGAUCGGCAAGGCAGCAGCUCUGGCACUUCUGGCGGUAGUAGCAGCAACAGCAUCAGCAGCAUCAGCACAAACAGCUACAGCAGCAGCAGCAGCGGCAGCAGCAUGAGCAUCAGCUUGAGCGGCAACGGCUCAGUGCACAUUCGUGACUGGGCACAGCACCUGGUAACGCACAACAUGACAGACCAGCUUCGCGCCGCCCACCUGCCGUGGGCACCCGACGCCAUCGUGCUGCCCAUGGUGCGCCUCGCCCUCUCCUGCACCGCCUCAGACCCCCUCUCCCGCCCCACUGUCACCGACCUGCUCCGCUCCAUCAAGGCUCUCAAGCGCUCCCUCUCCGCCCUCCCACGCCCUGCCCUGCCGGCCAACACGGGGACGAGCGGGGAUGGUGAGACAGCUGGUGCUGCGGGUGGUGUAGGGACUGGGGAGCAGCAGAGUCUGGAGGAUGGGUAUGGGCUGUCUGGGGGUUUCAGCCAGAAUGCGCUAGAUUCGAAGCUUACUUGGCUGGUGGAAUCAGAAGAUAGUGGUAGAUUUGUGACCGACGUGUAA